AACAGUGUUGGCGGCCAUUUUAUUCUUGACCAUUCGGUUUGCAGCGGAGUUUUAUUAGCAAUAUCAUCGCGUGGUAAAUAGUGAUUGAAUACAUCUUGGUAGACAAAGGGAACUAUGUCUUCCAUGUCUCCAAGAAAGCGUGGACCGCCGGUGAGCCUAAGAGGUGGCCCUCCACCUAAGCGCGGCAUGAUGUCCCGUAGAGGAGGCCCUCCUCCGCGAGAUGGGCCAAUGAGGGGUCCUCCCCACAGAGACACCUCCAUGAGAGGCCCACCACACAGAGAUGGCUCUAUGCGGUCAGGGAGAGGCCCACCACAGAGGGAGGAUUCAAUGAGGGGCCCUCAUAGAGAACAGUCCAUGAGGGGCCCUCCAAGAGAGUCAUCCAUGAGGGGCCCUCCACCCAGGGAGUCCAUAAGGGGUAUGCCUGUAAGAGAAACUUCGCGUGAUGCGUCAAUGAACGGCAGCAGGAUGGGCAGCCGGCCUGGGCUGUCCAGAGAUGGUGGCUUUGGGAUGACCAGGGGGAGCCGUGGCAUUAGGGGUAGGAUGGGGCCUUCCUCAAGGGGCAGAAUUGUGGGGUCUGGACGAGGACGACGGAGUCCGUUGAGUGGCUAUGAUGAUGGUAUGGGCCGUAGAGAAGAGCGAAUGCCUUACCAAGAGGAUCGGAUGGAUCGGGACCUUCGUACACGUGACCCCUACAUGACCUCUGACCUCCGGGACACAGGUCGAGGAGGAUAUGAGCGCGACAGAGAGCCACUGAUGGAGUCCCGCAGCUUUACCAUGUCGCGGCGUGGAGUGCUGCUCAGUCGUGACUACCCACCGGACCAGGAUUCUUUCUACGACAGCCGGCCAAAACCCAGGGAGAGACAGUCCUCUAGGGAUGUUCACCUGAGCCGGGACCAUGGGCGGGACUUCUCAGGACGAGGAGUGAUGCGGGACUCAUCGCGGGACUUCAUGAGGGAUGAGCCCUUUGACAGCCGUGAUUCUUUCAGCAGAGAGGUUGUCAGGGACUACCCUUCCAUGUCAAGGGAUGUUGGUGGGCGCUCCAUGGACAGACGUGGACUAGCAUUGAGCAGGGAUUAUGGUAGUCCCUAUAACGGAGACUUUGGCCAUGAACCUCCCAGCAGAAGUCAUGGUUCUUCAAGAGAGGAUUUCUCCAGAGGUCCCCAAAUCCGCCAUAGUAGCCCAGGCCGCAGGCCCCCAACACGGGCCCCAAGAGGCAUGUCGUCACGUGGUCCACCACCUUCUAGAAGACCCCUUAUGAGCAGAGGACCCCCACCAAGGGGGCCAUCAUUUGAGUCCAGUGGCCCACCUGGGCGGAUCAGCCACCGUGAUGACCGUGGCCGAGGAGACAUGUCACGGGGCCGAGGAAGACGCCCUGAUAUGGAUGGCCGUGGGCCACCCAUGAAACGCCCUAGGUCAAGCUUUGCCCCUCAAGGAGCCCCCAGCAGGCGAUGAAGGACUUUAUUUCCUGAUGACCAUAAAUCAUACACAACUCUUGGGCUUACCUGACCAUCUCUUCGAUAAUAGUUUUAAGCGUUUUUGUAUUGUUUUUCUUUCGUUCAUUCGUCAUUUUAUCAACCUUGUUUCAAGGUAAAAAGCUACAGCAUAAAUGGCCACUGGAUAUCAUUUGUUUCUGACUGUUUGUUAGUUUUAGUCCAUGUUCUCAUCACUAUCUAGCAAAGCCCAUCAUGUUUGCAAACAGUUUUAUCUACAUUAAAGAAUAACAAUUCCCUACUACUGCCUUGGACUGUUUGUCUCUGGAUUGCCAUUUAAGAAAUGUAUAGGCCUAUAGAGACGAUGGGUUCCUGUUUAACCGUUGACUAUCAAAGUUUAGCAGCUGUACAUCACAGAUUUCAAGUGCAUCAGGAGUGAAUCACGACCCUAGCCUGUAAAGCUGGAAAAUCUGUCAAACAGGGCAACCAUGGCCUCAAACAUGUUAAAUCAGGGAAGUCCAACAGGGCAGCCCAGGUCUUCAAACAUGUUAAAUAAGUGAUGUCAAACAGGGCAGCCCAGGCCUUCAGACAUCAUUCAAACAUGUUAAAUCAGUGAAGUCAAAGAGGGCAACAAAGGCUUUCAAACAUGCUGCAAUCAUAUUAAGUCAGCGAAGUCAAACAGAGCAACAAUGGCAUAUAGCAUCCUUCAAACAAGUGAAAUCAGCAAAGUCAAACAGGGCAACAAAGGCUUUCAAA